CAUAUCGGCCAGCGCGCUCCGACACAGCUCCUGCACAGGAACCGCGCUGUGAUGGCCGCGGCGGCCUCUCCAGCUCCUCCAGGAGGCUCUGCGGCCUCAGAGGCUGCAGGGAGGGACCUCCUUCCCUCCCCCAGGCCUUCCCUCAUCUGCUAAGUAAAGGUGGGGAGCGUCUGGCCCGUGGAUCAUAUGAGACACGAGAAAUCACCUGGUCUGGCCCUGCCAAGGCAUUCGGGGAGAAUUAAUGAAACGUUUGACCAAAUAGAGCAGCUGGUUUUCAGUUGAAAUUGUUGUAUGGCCUGGGGAUGGCCAGAUGGCCCUUGGCAGGUGGGAGCCCUGAUGGAAGCGGCACCUUGCUGAUGGGGGGCGGGGCAGCAGACCGGAAGACCGAGUGCAGGGCGUCCGAAAGGCAUGACAGGCACUUGGGAGGAAGGCAGCCUGUGCUGCCAGCCCUGAGCCCAGGACGGGUUAUUCUUUCCCAGAGAAGCCUGGCAGCGCCGCGCCCCGGCGGGCACUGAGCAGGACCCAGUCUUUGUGAUCUGACGUCACUUUCAUUCCAACGGAAGACCUGCAGCCUGCGCUUCCAGGAGUCGGCCGAGCUCUCUAGAAGCCAGCCUGCUGAUGUGCGUUCCUUCCUUUUCCCCACGCACAGGUGUGUCCCAGAACUCGGGCUUCCUGCACCGCAGGCACAGCCACCCCUGCCCGCCUGGAGGUUCACCUCGGGGGGCCAAAUGCCCCGGCUCCGUGGGGACCACGUGCAAGGAGGAUAUGGCAAAAAAAGUGGUCGUAGUAAAAAAUGGAGGGAGAUGCUGAAGCUGCCCCCUGUUAGCCAGUGCAACGAGCUUAGACAAUCCAUUGAAAAGGAUUACAGCAGUCUGUGUGACAAGCAGCCAAUAGGAAGACUUCUCUUCCGGCAGUUCUGUAGCACCCAGUACAGCCUGAAGCGGUGCAUUGAGUUCCUGGACGCGGUGGCAGAAUAUGAAGUCUCCCCCGACGAGGACCGAAGAGAGCGCGGACAGUUAGUCUUAAACACGUUCUUCAUUAAUGAGGUGGCAGAAUCCUCUUCCAUUGAAGGCUGGGUAAUGCCCUUUGAACGGGUGGACCACACUUUGUUGGCCCACGCAUCUACCCACGGACCCUGGGUCGCGCCUGCCUCUGGCUGUUGUAACGCGGCAGCCCCUUUACCACGGAUUUCUGCCCGUGUUGUGAGAGCGUGCAGGCUGCGACUGAAGGAGAUCCCCUCCAAAGAGCUGUUCAAGGAAUGUGUCAGAGUUGUCCAUCGCUAUUUAAGUGGAAAGCCAUUUGAAGAAUACCAAGAGAGCCCAUAUUUUUCUCGAUUUUUACAGUGGAAAUGGCUGGAAAGGCAGCCAGUAACAAAGAAAACAUUUAGACAUUACAGAGUUCUAGGAAAAGGCGGAUUUGGAGAGGUUUAUGCCUGUCAAGUGAGAGCUACAGGGAAAAUGUAUGCCUGUAAAAAGAUGCUAAAGAAAAGAAUAAAAAGGAGGAACGGCGAAGCUAUGGCCCUAAAUGAGAAAAGACUCCUAGAAAAAGUGCAAAGUAGAUUUGUAGUGAGCUUGUGCUACACGUACGAAACCAAAGACGCCCUGUGCUUGGUGCUCACCAUCAUGAACGGAGGGGACUUGAAGUUCCACAUCUACAACCUGGGCAGCCCCGGCUUCAACGAGCAGAGAGCGGUUUUCUACGCGGCAGAGCUGUGCUGCGGCCUGGAGGACCUGCAGAGGGAGCGGAUCGCGUACAGAGACUUAAAGCCUGAGAACAUUCUCCUCGACGACCAUGGACAUAUCCGGAUUUCAGAUCUUGGUUUAGCCAUGGAGGUCCCAGAAGGGGAGACAAUUCGAGGAAGAGUUGGAACAGUCGGCUACAUGGCUCCUGAAGUUAUCAAUAAUGAAGCCUAUACCUAUGGCCCUGACUGGUGGGGGCUUGGCUGUCUGCUCUAUGAGAUGAUUCAGGGACAUUCUCCAUUCAGAAGAUUCAAAGAGAAAGUCAAGCGGGAGGAGGUGGAGCGGCGCGUGAAGGAGGACACGGAGGAGUACUCCCGGCGGUUCUCGGAGGACGCGGAGUCCAUCUGCAGGAUGUUACUCACCAAGGACCCCAAGCAGCGCCUGGGCUGCCAGGGUGACGGAGCAGCUGGUGUGCGAAAGCACCCCCUGUUCAAGAACAUUAACUUCAAGAGGCUGGAAGUACACAUGGUAGAGCCCCCGUUCUGCCCUGACCCGCAUGCGGUGUAUUGUAAGGACAUCAUGGACAUCGAGCAGUUCUCCGUGGUGAGAGGCAUCUUCCUGGACGCCACCGACACCACCUUCUACAGCCAGUUUGUCACGGGCUCUGUCUCCAUCCCCUGGCAGAAUGAGAUGAUCGAGUCGGAAUGUUUCAAGGACAUCAACGAAAGUGAAAAUGAGGAAACUCGGGACUUGCGUCAGGAAGACAAAACCUGCCAACCAAAGCCGGCCCCCAAGCGAAAGAAAGGCUUCUUCCACAGACUCCUCAGCAGAUGGGGCUGCAUGAGUUAACCCUGGAGCCGCGAGGAGGAGCUGCCCGCGGGACUGUGCUGCUUGCGCAGAGCCAACCCCAUGCCCAGGAGCCGGCUCAGUGCUCGUCCUCUCUGUGAAUUGCAAUAAACAGGUCUGACACAUCUUAAAACGUGCCCGUGAGUCUGCAGGUUUUUCCACAUUAAUAGCUGAAUUGUCUUUUCACUAAAGCUGGCUUGAAGAAGAGGUCCCUCAAGGAUGGCUGUGACGUCCCAAAGCCCCUUGUGGCAGGGCUCAAGCUUCGUGUGCCCAUGGAGACGGAGGAGAGGGGGCCUGGGCAUCAGCCUGGAGUGUCCUCUCCUCCAGUGCUCGCAGGGAGCGGCCGGGCGGGCCUUCCUGGUCCAGGGCACGGCGGCGUGAGAGUCGCCCGUCUGCUUCCACGAUGUCACGAGGGUCUGCCUUCCUGAGGUGCGCCUCUCCCUGUGUGUGCGGGUCUGUGCUGCUUGCCAGAGGCUCCGCCCCUCCUGUGACAGAGGCUGCUGCCAGGACCCUGAGGUCAGGGCUUGGCCGUCGGGGGCGACUCACCAACCCUGGGUUGUGUUAAAGGGUUUCUGUGACAGCGGCCUGUGAUUGUGACCGCAGUGCCUCCAAGAAUGGGGGUCAGGUAACUGAGCCGAAGGUGAAAGACGGGGCCCAGGCGAGGCCAGGGCUCGGGCUGAUUGAAGAGAGAAGGAGCUCAUCCCCUGGGAUUAGGGAGGACGGUUCCCACUCGGAGCUCUGCACAGACCCCUCAGACUUGGCUGUGCUCUUACUGCGUGAGGGAUGGGCCUGGCCUGUGGAGCAGCGAGCUGUGCAGGGGUGGGGGGGGCCUAGGGCACUUUCAGGAGGGGGGCUGGGGCACACAGUCUUCUGUUUCGUUGGCGGGAGGGGCGUCAUGCAGUGUGAUGGCAUUCAGAAUGUGACUCAGGUCUUCUCUGUCGUUACACAUCACCUUGAAAGAUGUUAAGGGCAGGGGCAGCGACAGAGCUCCAGAACACCCCAUCCCGCCAGGCGUCCUGGGUGCAGCUGCUCUAGCACGCACGGCUCCAGCUCCCACUCCUGGUACAGGUCUCCCCUCGGGGACAGACACUGUCCAAAUGCAUCCCGGGAAGAAAUCAGUCACAGUGGGGGAGGUGUGCAUACGUAGUCAUGACAUCAAAUAAUUUAUCACUUUCUUGCUCCCCGGCCAUCUUAGCAGCUGCUCUUGGUUGGGGGCUGUCCCACACCUGAGGCAGGAAGACGGUGGCUGCAGAGAAGACGGAAAAGAAGAUGGGUUGGAGCUGAUGCACUGUAGGCUCCAACCUCUCAUGGAAAGUGGGAGUCCGUGCUGGGGUACAAGCAGACUCUGAAGGUGAGGCGACAAGGCGAAGCGAAGCUGGUCAUCCUGGCCAGCACUGGUCGGGCCUGGAACAGAGCACGAGGCCAUGCGGCCAAGCCUGGCGCCCAUCACCGCAGUGGCCACAUGGCUGAACUGGGUGCUGCGUGCGGAGCAUCCUCGCGUGGGCACACUGGCUAGCCACGACCCGGGAGAACCUGCAUUCUAGAACUUCCAGACAAGCUGGCCCGUCUCUCCUCACACACCCUGACGUGGAACUACAGAGGAAAGACACAGAAAACCAUAAGCAGCCGGAGAGGAAAAACCAAACCAAACCAUUACACUCAAAGGAGCAACGACUGACUUCUUAGGAACAAGAAUGAGACAUGGAAGACAGUCAUGUUCAGAUCUUUAAUUUGCUGACAGGAAGUGUCCGCCAACCUUGAAUUCCAUACCCAACCAAAAGUUCAUUAAGAAUGAUGGCAAAAUGCUGACAUUUUCAGAUAAAUGGAAAUGGAGAGAUUUCAGCAAUAGAAGAUCCACUGUAAGGAAUUCUAAAGGGCAUUUUCUAUGCAGAAGGACAUGACCCCAGAUGGAAGAUGACAGGGGCAGGAAGGAAUGAAGAGGAAUAGAAAUGGCACGUAUGGGAGUCCCUGGAAAUAGAUGCUGACUGCUCACAACAGCAGUGACUGUCUCCAUGCCCUUUGCAGUGUGGGUGUGUGUUUGUAGAACUAAAAUGUGCUGGUUCAGUCAUUUGUCCCUCC